AUGCGCGCCGAGCAUGUUCUUCAAGAGUUUGAAAGGUUGGAGGCUUUGCGCGAGGCAGACCUCAUAAAGCGGUACAAGAGCAAUGGCUUCGCUCACAGCGCUGAUUUGAGCAAGGAAGAAGUGCUGUCUUCUUUGAAGGAGUACGUGCUGUUUCAGGAGAUGUCUUUGUCGCACCUUCGCCAGAUCUGCAAGGAGAAGAACUUGGCCCUCAGGGGCGAGCAUCGGCGUGCAGAAAUGCUCGGCUUGGUCACAGCCGAGAGCUGGCAGCGAUUCCAGAUUCCAGUUCUGAAGAUGCCAAGCCUGCUCGUGGCCCAAGGGUUGCUGGACCAGCUUCAGCGGUUCGAAAAGAAGGACAUCCCGCAGCUGCGCCACGAGUGUCGAAAGCGGAAUCUGCCAGCCGAGUCGUAUCCGCGCAAGCAGGACUUGAUCAAUCGAUUGCGCAACCACUUGGUUUGGGCCCAGAUGACAGUGGCCGGCCUGAAGGAAGAGUGCGACGCUCGAGGAGUGAAGUGGCAACAUGUGAAGGUGGCAGAUGCUUCGUCUCACAUGUUGAAGAUGCAUGCAGAAAGAGCGGAGAAGAAGGAGAUGAUCGAAGCUUUGCAUGCCUGGAUGGUUACAGAAAUGCUGGAGUUGAAGGGGAUUCCUGUCAAGACUGUUGGCCACGAGUGUGCUCUGAGCAUCUUCACAGAGGUCGAGCGCUACGAAUCCAUGCCAUCAUCGCUGCUGCAGGCAGAAUAUGCCACCCUGGGCAUGCCCAGUGAGCCACAGCUGGAGGACAAGGAGCUGCUGCGACGCCUGAAGCAAGUGCUGAUUUGGUCGCAGUUUUCCGUGGAUGACCUGGUGAAGGAGUGCGAGGCCAGGGAGCUCAGCACGGGUGGCUUCCCAAGCCGCCCCAGUGAAGCCGACAAGGUCCAAGUUCUCAUGGACCGCCUCAUCCUCAGUCUCGGUGUGGAUGGCUGGGAAAAGCAAGGCAUUCCCGUGUAUCGACUGACGAGCCUGGAGGCUGCAAUUGUCAUCGUGGAGGAGCUGGGUCGCUUGGAAGGCGCAAAGCAGGCAGACGUGAGCGCCGCGUAUCGCCUGCUCGGUCUCCCACAUGAAGCCCUGGACAAAGCAGCAAUGAUCUCCCGACUGAAACACUAUCUGGUGUGGCAAGAGCUGCGGCCGGCAGAGCUCCGCAAAGAAUGUGUCAAGCACGGUCUUCCGGCCAUGGGGGAUCCCGAGGAACUCAUUGCGCAGCUGGUUCUUAAGAAUUGGGGCGUACUUCCAGAAGAUUGGGAUGCGCCAGACCCUCCAGACUGGUCACGAUUCCAGCCACCUCCGCGCCAAAGCCGUCCAGCUCCAGCUCCACCUUCGGCCAAAGUCGCCGCCUCCUUCCGCGAGUUGGGUUUGGACGUCUCGGCCAGCCACGAGCAGGUCCGGAAGGCCUAUCGGAAGCUGGCUUUACAAUACCAUCCGGACAAAAAUCCUGGGCUCCAACAAGAGCAAGCUGUCAAGAAGUUUCAAGUGAUAACCAGCUCGUACGAAACUGUGCUGGACCACAUGAAGAAGCUGUCAGUGUGA